UCAAUCGCAGACGUCCCCUCCAUUUUAAAUACUCUCUCCGCAGUUUGAAUUUCAAGAAACCACAAGACAUCACCUAAAUUAUACUUAGGAGAAAACGAACGAACUGUAGUUCCUACACAUAUUAAUUACAAAGAUUCGUCCUUCUAAUGGACAACGGGAUUGUUCCUUUACUCCGCCAGGGCUGCCAGUUGGCCCGGGAGCUUGAGUCCAACCUUCCCAACUGGGGUGACAGGCUCGACUUGGUCACCGACUCCUGUCAACAGAUCGUGAGUGCCUUCAACGGUGUUCUGGUGCGGAUCGGUAAUGCGUCUGAUCAUCAACGUCAGAUGCAGGAGAACGUCACAAGCUUCACCCAAGCAACCAUGAUGCUGCUUCAGCAACAGCAACAACAGCUGCCACAGCAGUACUACAACCCGGGUGCCGCUGACAACAGUGGCGGAGCCCGGUCGAUGGCAGAAACUCCCGUGUCUGGCAGCAGUGGUGCUGAGGCUGGUGUUCCUGCUGCGGGCGGACAGUUUGGGGCCAGGGAGGGUUCUGAUCCGGCAGGAGGCAGAGCUUCUCCUUCCUCCUCUGCACAAAGGCCCCGGAGAAGGCAGGAUGAUCCUAGCAGGAGAACAGUAACUGUGGAGGCACCACGAUUCGGGAAUACGGAGAUUCCACCGGAAGAUGGAUUCACCUGGAAAAAGUACGGUCAGAAAGAAAUCCUCGGUUCCUUAUAUCCAAGGAGUUACUACAGGUGUACCCAUCAGAAGCUCUACCACUGCCCCGCGAAGAAGCAGGUCCAGCGACUUGACUCCGACCCCCACACUUUCCAAGUGACCUACCGCGGGAACCACACCUGCCACAUGUCCUUGACCGCUCCCUCGAUCUCACCACCACAACCAUCAACACUCGGUAUGGUCAUCAGCCAACCGCUGCCAUUGCCUCAACCCUCCCUGGGGCAGCCCUCGGGUACGCACAGCCAAUGGCUCUCGAUGGACUUCAGUCUAGGCAGCGGUGCAGGCCCGUCUUCGGCCCCUGCCGCCCCCAGAGAGGACCAGUAUCCGCUGGUGGCGGUCAUGGCAGAUGUGAUGUUCAACUCCAGCGGCAGCAGCUCGAAUAGCAUGGAUACGAUCUUCUCCUCGAUUGACCACAGAGAUGAUCAUGAUCAACGCCGUCAAAGUUGGGAGGCUGGGGACAAGAAGGACUAAUUGACAUAUAUCGAUCAGUCACUAAUUAUUUCGGAACUCAUUCAAAUUGAAGGGACUAUUACAUAAAUUGUUUAAUUAAUCAAUUAAUUGACUGAUUAGUAAUCUCAACAGAAGUAGUUAAUUUAUAAUAUUAAUGAAGGUAAAAGCAAGGCGGUAUAUUUAGAUGAGGAUUGUUAUAUGUAUGAUAUUUCCGUUUUGUGAUCGAUUGGAAUAA